AUGUUUCUUGCCACCAAGUUACUCAAGACCAGUGAUUAUCUUCAUAUUCCUGAUUCAUCUAAUGGCAAAUGGAAGAAUUUUGUCUCACAAGCUCUCAGGGAUGGCUGCCUCGAAUUCUACUAUGGCAAUAGCAAGAAGGCCCUCAAGAACACAGAUGAAUUUCGACGUACAAUACCUAUUAAUGGGCUACUUCUUGUGGGCGCUGUGGUGAAGGGUGUCCUCACCAGCUUUUGCGAGACCGGCACUGACAAAGUCCCUGACCUCUCAGCAGAUAAAUGCAGGGCUGACUUCAACUUGUUGCAGAGGUCUGUAGAUGCGCUUCUAGAAAAUCCUGACCGUUGUGCGGAGCUCGAGGAGAUGUUGGAGCAGUGGGCUAUGAUUGGGGUGGGUGACCUUUAUUUUGACAAGGGCGAUAUGGGAGGCAGUGAUAUGGACAAUGUCAACAUCAUCUUAUAA